AGGACAGACGAGAGGAAGGAAUACAGAGUAGAAAUACCACAAUGGAACAUACAAACAGUUUUUAGGGUUCGACCGAUUGUUUAUUAUCGUCCCGCAGUAGUCUGUGACCUUGGGAUUUUGACAGAUUUUGCCUAGAACCGGCGAUUUGUACUUCUACAUAUCCUUCAUAUACCGAAUUUAAUUUCGCUAAGGUCGAGCCCAUUUAGCAAUGGAUUUUAUAUUGAGCGGGGCAGCUGCCUGCGGAGCUUGCCUGUUCACUAACCCACUGGAGGUUGUCAAAACUCGGAUGCAAUUACAAGGAGAGCUCAAAAGCCGGGGGACCUACCAGGUUUACUACCGCAACGUUUUCCACGCCUUUUACACUAUCGGCAAAGUAGAUGGACUCGCUGGUUUACAGAAAGGGUUGGUACCGGGACUUGUCUAUCAGUUUUUCAUGAAUGGAGUGAGGCUUGGGUCGUAUUCAAUCAUUGAGUCAUCUGGAUACAUCCACACGGACGGGAGGGUUAGUGCUGCUAAAACCACACUAGCAGGGGCUGCCGCUGGAGUCGUGGGGGCAGUGAUGGGAAGUCCCAUCUACUUGGUGAAGACUCACAUUCAGAGUCAGGCCACUUCCUCUAUAGCUGUUGGACAUCAGUAUCAACAUCAGGGCAUGGUCCAUGCUCUGGCAGCGAUCCACAAGCAGCAUGGUAUCCUAGGCCUGUGGAGGGGCUCCAGUGCAGCUGUACCCAGGGUCAGCGUGGGGUCAGCCGCUCAACUCUACUCAUUCGCUGCCUCCAAGGAGCUUGUCGUCGACCUACAGGUGUUCCCAGAGGGCAGCUGGCUGGUAGCUCUGUGUGCAGGGAUGAUCAGCAGUGUGGUGGUGGUGGCAGCCAUGACACCCUUUGACGUGGUCAGCACACGGCUCUACAACCAACCUGUGGAUCAUACAGGCAAGGGAGAGCUCUAUAAAGGUUUUGGGGACUGCUUCUCGAAGACACUGAAGGUGGAGGGUGUGGCAGGGCUCUACAAAGGCCUGGGUGCAUCCUACUUCCGUCUGGGGCCACACACCAUCCUGUCUCUACUGUUCUGGGACGAACUGAGGAAGCUCUGGCAGCAGCACAGAUAGUAUCAGGAAAGGGAGACCCAGGCCGUAUUCCAGGCCAUCUGCAAAGCAGUUGCGCUGCAUAAAUUAACCAAUGAUUGCCAGGUCAUCUACAUUGCAGUCGGGCAUCAGAAUUAUACUUUUUUUGUAUGGUUUUAUUUGUAUCUUUUUCUCAAACAAUAACAACCAUACAUAAACAAGACAAACAGACACACAAAUUUAAUCAAACAUAAAUGGCAUCACAUCUGCUCAGGCCCACGUGUUCCCACUGCAACCAUACGCAUCACGUAUGUCUCAACCACACUCCCCCUCAUCCUCCAUCCCCUGGAACAUUCCAGUGCUUGUAGCACUCUGCCAUAUGGCCUCAAAUUGCACUGUUCUAUUUUUAUCCGUAGCCCACACCUUUUCAAUAUUUACAUAAUACAUUUGAUUCAUACCACUGUCAUAUUGAUGGAGGAUAAUUUGAUUUCCAGUUUUUGAGAAGUAAAAAAAAAAAAUUUUUGACAAAGUAUGGUCCACUUGAUUUGAGUAUCUCACCGCACCCUAAUAUGCCACAUCUUGAAAUAUGCAGAUAGACAGAUUAAAAGUAAAAUUACAUUGUAAUACUUCUGACAGCCAACUGUCUAACUCCGCCCAUAACUUUUGGAUUUAGCACUCCCAGAAGGCAUGGAUUAUUAAAUCCAUGUUAGUUUUACACUUGAGACAUGACUGCUGUUGUGCUGUAGAAUUUGUGAAUUUUGUCUCUUGUAUAAUAAAUUCUAUAAAUUAGUUUAUACUGGAUUAAGCGUACAUUUUCGUUAACUGUAAUUUCGUUAGUUAUGUUCCAACACUCCAUCUUGUGCCAGGCAUCAGAAUUCAAUGCGGUUACUGACAUCCAGGAGUUGGGAUGUGGUGCGUGACUGCAAUGUAGGUGGGCCUGAACAUGGACGCAGUCAGGUAUAAAGAUAAAGACUCAUUAAGCCAGAGAUUCACAGGUUAAAUGAUCCCUCAUUUAAUGAGUUUGUAGCCUGAUCCCAGAUCUGUUUGUUCAGUCUUGCCAACUCCUAUGGUCAUUGACUAUACAGCGUAAACAGAUCUGGGACCAGGCUUAUGCAUUUGGUCUUGAGAUAUAUGUAAAUAGCGGAGGAGUUUACUUCUGUGUGUCAACUUUUUUUUAAAAAGUUGAGCAAAGGUCUUUGUUCGACACUCCAAAUAAGAAUCUAAUUCAAACUGGUUUCUGAUCUAUGAAGCACAAUGAGGUAACAAUAGGCUGCUGUGGUUGCUGACACGUUGUGGUAUGCAGUAGAAUAGUUUAUCCAUCCAAUAAGAAUAGGAAGAUGUUUCUGAGUCAGAGUAGUUCCUCAUUCUUCUGCAGAAUGUUCGUCACAAGCUUCCUCCACUUGUACUAAUGACAACGCCCUUACCUCAUCAAGUUACUGACUGGUGUGAAUUGAUGUAGCUUGAGUACUAGGAAACCUCUAUUACACAAUUUAAUCUACAGAGAAUUAGAACAUCUACAGAUUAGGCAAGACUUCUUCAAACGUACAUGAACAAUCUCAGCACAGUAUUAAUAUAGAAAGCAUCGACCUUCAGAGUAGAUUUAAUGAUUUACAAACCCAUCGCAACAAUUGUUUUCACACAUUUAAUAUAAAUUUAUGGCAGAAAUUAGACAUGAGUUUAUUUUUAUAAAGUAUAGUGGGAUUUGUUCAUACCGCUUGCCUUACUGUAAAAUUGCUCCCUGGAUGUAUAGCUUACUGCUUCUAUUGAUUCUAAGGUUGACUGAUAUUGUACAUUGGGUCUGCUUACUUGACACAGCUGGGUUAUUUAAUUGCUGUACAUCCAUUACAGGCAUUUUGAUAUCUCUAAUGAAUGUAUUAAUUGUCUUGUCUAGAUUCAAUCUCUGAAGGAUAUUUAUUUACUAACAUGUGACUCUGAUAUUGGUUUGUUACACAGCCAUAUGCAGUGCCAUGUAAUGUAAUUUUGUAGGAUGCAAAACAGCCCCCCCCCCCCAAAAAAAUAAAUAAAAAACAUAAUA